GUGAUAGGGAUUGCUCAACAGUGGCAGAACGAGGACGGACAGUUUCAGAUCACGAUGGAACAGAUGCGAGCCCUUCUCGACCAGGCCAGAGGUAUCAUGGCGACUGCAGCGUCGAGUGCCAGCCAGGGCGAGAGCCCAGAGGCCACGGCGGACGUGAGCAUAGCCAAGGACGGCCAGGGAGAGAAGGGGGAUCCGCGGCAGCAAGGGGGACGAGAUCCGUGGGAUCAGUCUCGCCGUUCGGAUGGCUGGUGGAACGAUUUCAGCAGCUGGAAGAACUACGCAGGCGGUUGGACGGACAGAUCCCACGGGUGGAAGUACAUUGGCUGGGAGAACUGGAAUUGGCAUGAGAACACGUGGAGUGAGCCGUCGAAUGCACAGAAGUGGAAGAGCGACGAGAAGCCCAGAGGAAAGGACUUCACGGACCUGGACGCUUGGUCCCGGUGGCCAGAGUACAAGCUGUGGCGGAGGAAGAUAAUGCGUUGGAGGCAGACUACAGAUGUGGUUAGGCAUAAGCACGCAGACCGCAUCAUGAAGCUGCUGCCGCUGGACCUUCAACGCAAGCUGGAAGACAUCACAGAUGAGGAUCUGAUCUCCGACGGCGGCGCGGACAAGGUCAUCGCCAGGUUAGACUUGCUGUGGGAGAAAGAGUCGGAGAUGAAAACGCAAGGCGCGAACAUCUCAGCCACCAACGGUCCAAGGCUUACCACGUUGAGCAACCAGAGGUUGCCGGGCAAAGUUUCCCUGUACAUGGGCCCAACCAACUCCGCCGACGACCGGGGCGCGGACUCGCUGCUCGACUGGGAUGACGCUUCAUCGCUGGACGCGGAGGGUGAAGCGGAAACAUAUGUCGCUCUAGACCAGAUGGACCUCUACGAUGACGAGCUCAAGUACGUCUUCAGCACGAUGCAAGAAGACAGGCGCAAGACAUGGGAGCAAAAUCGAGCCCUGAAAAGAAAGCUCAAGGUGGAUCGCAAGUUCCUUGACCGCUCCAGAGAGAUCGAGAUCAAGGUAG